UAUUAUUAAAAGAUUUUUUCUAAUAAAGAGCUAACGUUGAUGUUUUCUACAAAUGGGUUCAAAAGUGCGUGAUGUUGGAGCUUUUCUGAAAAAAAUACGAGCAAUCCUGUUAGGUAGAGAGCACAAUUUACACGGCCGAUUCCCGCCAUACCUUUCGCCUAGAACGAUUCCUCCUCCCGAAAUUCCACGUUGUCCGGAUUACAAGUAUUCCAACCAAUAUUAUCAUGAGCGGAAUGCGUUCCACUCUGUUCAGCCUCCAGUGGUGGCACCAAUCGCCGAGGGGCCACCACUUAAAAUUGGCGGUCCUGGACCUCUAAAGUCAGAUUCUAUUUGCUUCAAUAGUCCGCCUACACCCGGCCCUGCCUGGUGGUGGGAUGGCCACUGCUAUUACGAAUGCGCUCCCGACCCUCCACCAUUACCUGUAAAACAACCAAAAAGCGAUCGACAUACUCCCUGUCCGCCUCCUUCUAAGGAAUAGCUUUGUUGAGUGACAUUUAGUCUGGACAUAAUGUACGAUUUACAUUCUUAAAUUUAACUAAA